UACGCAAUAAUCACUCGUACGCAGGAAUCCUUAGUUCUAUAAACAUAUUAAAUAACCAGUUGAAUAUAUAUGCCUGUAAAGUACAUAUGUCUAUUUUAUUUAAAAAACGCCCCUGUCACUAUAUCGCUAACAAUUCUUUAUCGGCUGUAUGACAGAAUGCUUUCCCUUUAGUCAUAAUGAAUACUCGGAAUGUGGAAAAAAAAGUGUACAGAUUAAUUUUUCAUGAUGACGAGAUUAAGAAAGUUUGAGAUUGUGUUGAGUAACAGACAGGUCGUAUAUUUUCCUGGACAAUGUGUACUAGGACAUCUUAUCGUAGAAUUAGACGAGGAAAUGGAAAUGCGAGGAAUAUUUUUGAGGUGCCAAGGAAAAGGUCAAGUACAAUGGAAAGCCGGAAAACAGAAUAUCGUGGCAUCGGAAGACUAUUUAAAUGUGUGUUUAAAACUUUUUGGAAACGAUCCCCAGCAAGGUGGUCACGUCACACUAAAUGCAGGUAAUCACGCAUUUCCGUUUCAGAUUGUACUUCCGGUAAAUGCACCAGGAUCGUUCGAGGGUUUAGAAAAUUGUUUUGUACGUUACUUUCUAAAGGCUACAAUUGACAGACCUUGGAAAUUUGAUAAACACUAUAAAAUGGUGUUUACAGUAGCGUCGGUGCUAGAUUUGAACACUGUGAUGAACGCAGCUUCACCUGCCCAAACCGAAGACGCUAAGACAGUGUGUUGCAUGUGCUGCGAAAGCGAUCCUGUUUCAGCCACGUUUCGGAUAGAUAAAAUCGGUUAUGUCCCCGGAGAGUCAAUAGUUUUUGAUGCAGAAAUCAGGGACGGAACUGGACGUGGGAUCAAUUCAUCUGUAGUCAAAUUUAUUAUGUUGACUGUCUACAAGGCCCAUUAUGGAGCUGAGAGAGAAAUCAAAAGAGAGAUAGGUCGCUUACAUCAUGGAACUGUAAGCCCCGGGGGAUCAGACGUUUGGAGGAGGGAAAGGUUGCGAAUCCCGCCUGUACCCCCAUCAUUUUUGCCGAACUGUAACCUCAUCGAGAUUCACUAUAUAAUUGAGAUGGUAGUUGAUGUAGCAGAAACUCCAUUUGAUCUUCAUCUUCCGCUUUCUGUGGUGAUAGGAACCAUCCCAUUACAGUCUGUAGUACAGCAGAUUCGGCCACAAGCACAGCCGGGAGCCAUUACAGAGCAACCACAAGCGUCUGGUGCAUCAGGAUAUAGUGAAGAUAUACCUCCUCCUUCAUACAGAGAAUGUGUACUUGGGAAAGUGGACACAAUGGACGAAGAUGAGCAAUAUGCUGCUGGUGACAGGAACUUUGCACCGGCAUACACUUAUUAUGACUUCGUGUAAUCUUCCUGGUGGAAUAAUUCCUCGCGUAAACAUAAUGUCAUGUAUUCAUAAUCACAGUUUUGAAUAUUUUUGAAUGUUCUCUGAAAAUUUUAAGUAGCCAACAGAAACUAAAAUAGAAUACUCUCUUACUUUUAGUCAAAGUCACCUCGUUAGCAUUUAUAUUAGAUGUCUUGUAAUAUAUCCAAAAUAUACCACGUGUGUGUUCUAUCUAUCAGGUUUUAGCCUAUUUGGAAUGUUUUCCAAACAUUGCUGAACACUGUUCUGUUUUACUUUAUUUGCAUAGAAUGUGAGACUCAAGAGUGCACAGAAUUCUCAGUGGAAUAUGCAGAUAGACAUGUUCAAACACAACCGAUUUAUACCUUACAUGAAUUUGACUCUCCAUGUAGUCCAGUUAUCUGUAGCUUUAUUAGUUAUUUCUGUGCUAUUGUCAAAUUAUUUGUGUUGACCCAGCUUAUACCUCAUGUUUACUGAUAUUAUGAUUGAUCUGAAUUAAAAGUACUUUUAGGUUUAAAGGUUAGUUACUUAUAACUCAGACUAGCGAAAACCUGAAUGUCUGUGCUAAGUAGCGGAAAACGAACUAGUCGAUUCGCAUCAUGUUAUAUCUAACUUAAACAGUCAGAAUAUUGAUUGCAUGGUUCUAAAACACUAAGAGAAAUUGGUUAAAAGCAAGGACAAAAUUCCUAUAGAGAUCAAAGAACAUCUAAUAUUAGUGUAGGCCUAUGUGUAGACGUCUGCAUCAGGGAAACAAUAAGACACAUACAUACAUAAGACAAGGUAAAACAAAUAAACAACAAAUAAAAAAAACCCCACAAAGGAUCACAGUGGCGCACCGCCUUAUAGGCAACGGUUAGUGGCAAACACACUAGUUACCGGGUAGGUCCAUUACGUGAUUCAAACUAGUGGGGUCCAAGAUAGACCAUUUUCCUUUUUGAGUUAUGUAUGUACCCGAUUAUAAAAAAAGCUCUGAGGUAGAACUGAACACUUUAGAGUUUAUAUCGCACAAUACUCUAAAGGAACAUGAUUCUUCCCUGACUGUCCAUAUUUGACCGGGAGCUGUUUCAAACAAACUUCAAGUAUGAGUAGCUCAUCGGUACUUAACCAAAAUGCAUACCUGUGCGCUCUUGCUACUGUUGGUUCUGCUAUCAUUGGUCCUGUAGCAUUCAGUCGCUGUAUACUUAGGAAAUGCUUUAAACAACAAGCAUGUUUUCGCCAAGUAAUGCAGAAGAAAAAUGAAUGUUUUCACUGCAGGAAAACGUAAAAUUCGUUUUAUACUGCUGUUGUAUUUAGGAUGUGCAAUAGAUAUUUAUAUGCUUUGUAUUUAUAGUGUUUGUUUGUUACUAAUUAAUACAUACAUACAUGUGUACUUGAUAUUAUGUAAGGUGUAUUUACGAUAGAUAUUAAUGUAGCUAAUAUUGUAUGGUGUUUCUAGAAUUAAAGUAUACUGUACAUUUGC